GAAUGGCCCAAAUUUGCUCAAUAACCAUCUCAUAUGGCAACUGAUGGCCAGGAGCGGGGCCGUUGCUGUUUCCUGAAAUGGAUGAACCUCCAAAAACAAUAACUCUCCGAACUCCACCAAGCCCUAACCCUACACUCCCCCAACAAUGAAAAUGAAGACAACUUUAGCCAACUCGCAGAAAAGUGCAUGCAUCGAACACUUCCAAGACUACGCUGACAAGCGAAGCCAACUUGCCCACAACGACGUUUCUGCCUUCUUUGCUCCUGCCUGGUGCACCAACUGGGAAAACUCUCUGCUUUGGCUCGCCGGCUGCAGACCUUCCCAGUAUAUCCGACUCGUUUAUGCCCUAUGUGGAUUGGAGAUUGAGGUUCAUCUAAGCGAGUUCCUCCAGGGCACGAGCAGCUCUAGUGCCAAUCUCGGCUACCUCUCUUCCAAACAGCUUCACCCAAUCAACAUGUUACAAGGGAAGACGCUAAGGUCCGAGGAAAAGUUGACGAACAGGAUGGCAACCUUGCAGGAGGACGUGGCGGACCAUCCCAUAGUGGGGAUUGCAAAGGGGUUGAGCCAGGUGGGGGAGAUGAACGGGGAAGUGGACAGAGCUCUGGACAAACACGAGCAAGCAAUGGUGGGGGUUUUGGAGGAGGCGGGUAGGCUGAGGUUGAACACGCUUAAGUAACUGAUAGGGAUAUUGACGCCAAGGCAGGCUGUGGAUUUUCUUGCGGUGAGUAAGAAGCUUCAUCUUUGUGUCCACCAGUGGGGCAAAAGGAGAGAUCUGAGGCAUGGUAGGGGAAGUCCUAUACGGAAAUGACUUGGUAUAUAGAUAGAACGACGUGUUAUGUUAAAUGAAAAAGUCUUGGUAGCAGCCACUAUUUGCUGCAUCCAAAUGAUACAUAUUACAUGUCGAAACGGGAGCAGCCAUUGAGAGCGAGCUCAGAUGAGAGCUCAGAUGAGAGAGAGAGCAGAGAUGAGAGAAUCUAGUAAUUACAUAUAUAUUAAUUAGGCAGAUUAUAAUAACCUUGUAGGUUUUGGGUUUGGUUAAAAGAUCAAGUAUUGUAGUAAUUACAAAGAUGAUUAAUACUACGUGUUGAAGUCACGUUAAAUA